AUAGUAUUUCAAAAUUCUAAUCAAAAGUUUUUUUGUUGUUGUUGGAAUUCUUGGUUUAAUCUUCAUAAUUAAACAUCAUUAAGUUUCAUUAAAUAUUGCGCAGAUCUAUUUUAUUAUCAAAUCUAAUAAAUAAACAUAUGAUAAGUUUUAUUUACAAAAAAUGGUCAAAAAAAGAUCGUUUGCAAAUAAAACCGUUGCAGGUUCAUCAUCAUCAUCAUCAUCAACAACAACAACGCUUGAUAUUAAACCGGAGGAUAGGAAAACACUUGAAGAUGAUUUAAAUUUAUUGGAUCAUUCAAUCAUAAGAGAACCGAUUAAUGUCGGUAUUAAAAAUGUUCAUCAAAUUAUUACCUGUAUAAGUGAUGGUACAAAAGAGAUUAAAGAUUUAAUCCUUAAUGAAUGCAAUAUCAUUUAUGAAUGUCGUGUUUGUCGUAAUCUGUUUCGAAGUUUAGCAAAUUUUCUGGCACAUAAACGAUUGUAUUGUAAGAAACAUUGCUGUGAACAAAUGGUUCUAUUUGAUCAGAAUUGGUUUACGGAAAAACAAGACAAUUUUAUUAAACCUGAAACUUAUUCGGUUGAUUCGGAAUUGAAAUCAAAAAUAAUCACUCCAUCGGAUAAAAAUUCUAAUAAUGAUCAAGAGUUAAAAUCAAAUAAAAAUUUUGUUAAUGUUACUACCUGUGAUAAAAAAGAUUGUUUGGAUGAUAAAAUCCGUAAACGAUCAGCAGAUAACACUAGUUUGAUUACUACUCAACAAAGAAUUGUGAAAAAGAAACGUAUUGAAAAUUUAGUAAGCAAAUUAAAUCCACCGGCAACGACAUCAAUACCUAUAAUUGAUUCUUCAAUGAACUCUGAAAUCACGAAAAACGAUAAAUCGGACACUGCCGAAGAUAAUCUCGAUAUAAAAACUAUUGUCAAAAACACCAAAAGUGAUUCAGAGAAACAAAUCGAAAAUGAAUUCGCAUCAUUUUAUAAGACAACGUUUGCUGUCAAAAUCGAUUUUGUUUGUGAAUAUUGUGAUGCUAGUUGUACAUAUCUUUCUUCAGCUAUUCGUCAUUUAAUGAAUAGUCAUAGUAUGUCUCGGAUUUCAGCUAAAAAAUUUGUGCUUGAUUAUGGAAAAAAACACGGAAUCUCUAUAAAAGAAGACAUAAAUGAUGAUUGUUGUCGCCAAAAUACAGAGGAUGAAUCUAUCAUCGAAUCUGAAAUAAAAAUUGAAGAUCCUGUCGACUGUUUCGAGCCAAUACAAGCAGCAAAUUGUCCUUCACCAAAAGAAAAUUUAAAUUCACAAAAUGUUACUACUGAUUAUGAUAUACCUGAAUCCAAUGAGAAUCAAACCACCCCCAAAAAUAAACGUUAUGAAACACGUUGUUCGAUUCGAAAAAAGUGUUUUUAUAAUUGUAAUUCUCAAUCAUGUUUUUUCUCCAAACAUUGUCCAAAAACAACGAACAAUGAUCAAUCAAUUCAGUAUAAUCAGAAUCAUAUUUCAAACAAAGAAAUCGAUAGUGAAAUUAAAAAUGGUGAUCAACCAAAAGAUAAUGAGAUGGUUGAUGACCAACUUCAGUCCUCUUCAUCAUCCACUUCUAAUUCGACUAUGGUCGAUCUUUUGUCUAUAUCUGUCAAAAAAAGAUCACAAAAUGUUAUCAAAAAGAAAAAAUUAAAAAAGAUUAAGGAAUCUGUUCCAAUUCUUCGUAAUAUUGAAACAAAAGAUUGUGAUAACAAUGAAUUAGAAUCACAACAAGAAACGGCGAAAUUAAAUUUCAAACCAUUCAAUCCAACGUCUACGAUCAUAUCAUCAUCGUUAUCAUCAUCUUCAUCAUCAUCAUCAUUUGGUGAAAAUAAUUCUGAAUAUCAUUCAAUAUCGGAUGGUUUUGAAAAUUUUCAUAAUAGUUCUGAAGAUUCCAGUUUAUCAAAUCUACAAAACAAUAAUAAUAAUAAUAAUGUUGAUAGUUUAGAAUUUGAUUUGCAAAAAAUUCAAUCGCAGGACGACGUUAUUAGAGCAAAAAUUUUUGACCAUGAAAUCGAACCAGUUGUUGAAUCAACUCAUUCACCAUUGGUAACAAAAUUAUCGUUACGAAAAUUUGAUCAUGAUCAUUCUCAUCACAAAAAUCCACAUAAAGAAUCAAGAUUAAAACUUCAUCUGAGGACAACUGGAUCGAAAAAAUGUUAUCAAAUUGUCGAUACUUGAUCGAUUUGUAUUCACUGUUCAUUGCCCUUUAUUGUAUUGAUAAAAACCUGUGAUUU